AUGGAAAUGUCCAAGGAAACAAACGUGCAUUCAUCAGUUCAUUCCUCUCAACAGCUUCCUGUAAGUGUUGGUGCAAAAUCUGAAUCUCGUGGUGCCAUUGCAUCUGGUGCUUCUAGGAUUUCACAGGACAAGAGUCCUAUGCCAACAUCCUCUGGAGGCUUUCAUAAUUCUUCAACUAUAUCUCAUGUUCCUGUGCUGGCCUACGCUGCCCCUAAUUUGAAUUCCCGUGAUAAGGCUUUGCCUUUAGCACAUAAUGGAUUAAAUGCUAGACCUAGUGGACCAUCUUAUCUGACACAAGAUCAAGCUAAAAAUCCACCUCAGAAAAUCCCAACCAUCUCUUCCAUGCAAUCACCAUCUGUUGUUGCUGUGUCAAGGUUUAGCCAACCAAACAAAUUGUUGGAUCAUACUUCAAUUAGGUCAGAGGGUAUUGCCGGUGCAAAUGCUAGCCAAUCUUCUCAUCAGAUGAAAAAUCAGGAAAUAAAGUCUUCUACAGUUCAAGCAGGACAAGGAGGCCUGCAUAUUACACAUCAACCUACUCAAGGCUUGGCAUUCUUUCAUGCACCUUCUCUUUAUACCAAUCACAAUGAGAUUGGUAAGAGUGUGCAGAGGAUAUUGCAAUCGAAGGUUCUGGAUCACCCAAAUUGGAUUCCUCCAUCAAGUGGCUAUAUGAAUGCUUCUUUAAAUUGCCAGAUAUGCAAAAAUGUGAUUUCAGAUACAGAAAGUUUGCUUGUCUGUGAUGCUUGUGAGAAAGGAAACCAUUUGAAAUGUCUUCAAUCUUAUGGCAGCAAAGACAUUCCUAAAGCAGAAUGGCAUUGCCCAAGCUGCUUGGCAUCAAGUAAUGGAAAGACCUUGCCACCCAAAUAUGGAAGGAACAGGACCACCCGACGGGAUGCCCUCAGUGAAGACCCAGAUGUUGGUGAGAGUAAUCUAUUCCUGUAA